AAAUAUGGCGUUGGUGGUGCAUCUGUCAGAUAUUUGACAGCCUUGUAACUUUAUUUUCUUGUGAUUUUCAAUAUGCCUGCAAUUCUACGCUUUUAUCAUCUGUUCUAGAUUUCUAGUGUUCUAUUUUGGCGUCCUGAUUUUCUAAUAUUACUUCUCGAACGAAUAAUAAAGACUAAAUUCGUAUUUCUUCGAAAUGUUCCGACCUAUAUCGGCCAUUGGCCGAAGGAUUUCGUUAUCGAGUAGUUCCAAGGAUUCGAUCAGGACUAAAGUGGUUCAGCCCGCUUCUCUCUUGAAACCUUCGGAAAAAAUUAAGCUGUACAAUAAGGAGAAUAAAGAGCUGUUCGGCCCGUUAUUGGAGACAAACAAGCAGAGGAAACAGAAAUUAAGGAAGUCUGCUAAAAAUAGCAAACCUGCGGAUCAAAACAACGGAGCGUCGGCGCCUAGCGAAAGUGCAGUGAAAUUUGACAGUAGUGCUAAGAAAAAUGAUAUAACCUGCCUUAAAUACAAUCCUGUUUUGCCUGUAGAGAUUUUCAAAAGAAAAAUGUGGCAAAAUACAAGGACUUGUGUUAGUUUCGUGGGUGUGCUGUUAAAUAAUGCUAGUGUGAGAGGAUUGAAGACUUCAGCAGCUGUCAGUACUGCUAGAAGCACAGCAGCAGAGCAGGGUUAUGUGUCAGAGGAUAAGAUUCUUCAGAUCAAGCCUUACCGGAAUGAUUAUGCCCAGCAAUUUCCUUCAGUGACUCUGAUUCUGAAUAAAACUAUGACAAAUGAAUCUAGGGCAGCAUUAGAGAAGUGGAAGCAGGAGAGAAUUGCUGAAAUGGGGCAGGAGGAGUUUGAACGUUUCUACCAAGCGCAAUUGGCUCUGGGUUCGAAAUUCCACAACACACUGAAAGACUACUUCACGCAGCCAAAAUCUCAGCUGCGCAUAGAGAAAGAUGUGGAGCCGGUCUGGAACUCCGUAGCAGAGGUGUUGAAGCACAUAUCUACUCCGAAAGCCAUUGAAUCAAAUGUAGUCCACCCAGUUCUGAAAUAUAGAGGGAUAUUUGAUGCUAUUGCCUACUAUGAUGACAAGCCGACCCUAAUUGAAUGGAAGAAAUCAGAUAAGCAACGCAAAUCCAUAGCCACGACCUAUGACAACCCAGUCCAGCUAGCUGCCUACUUCGGUGCAGUUUGCAACGACUUGAACUACAAGCAUCUGAACGUCCGGGAUGCCCUUCUAGUCAUUGCUUACACUGAUGGCUCCAAAGCUGAUUACUACCAUCUCUCGAUGGACAAGCUUAGGGAGCAUUGGGCCCAGUGGCUGAUACGGUUAGAGAUGUACAUGAAGAAACAUGGACAGGACUCGGAAAAGAUUUUGAAAGGCGGGAAGAGGUUGUUUGAAGAAGAAAUUGGGAAUCUCCAGUAAUGAUAGAGGGGAUACAGUGGAUGAAAAAUUAAACCGAAGAAAUGAAGAAACCUAAUUCAGGCUACUUACAAAAUUUUUGAGUCUCAAUCAAUGUAAGAUUUGUUAAGAAAAAGACUGCUGUUGAAAUAGUAUUGAAUAAUAGUCUUCCAAAUUCUAAAGAAAAUUGGCUAGUUUUCUUAAGAUUUUCCGGAUCUGUUAUAGUUGUAUAAAAAUCUUUGAAUGUUAUAAUAUUAAAAGGCUGGUUUUAGUGUCACCCGGACCCGUCCGCUAAAACGAAAACUUUACUCUAAAACGCUCCCUGAACCUGAAUGUAUUCAGAUUAACAUAUUAGUCCGGUGCGGAUCGUUCCGCCUUCCGCUCGGUCGUCCCACGUGACACUAAAACCAGCCAAAGUCUUACUCAGGUAAGAAUAGGAUGUCUGUUUUUUUUAUGUAAAAUACCUACUAAGUAUGCCAUACAUAUUACAGGUACCUACCUACCUAGGUAUGCACAUAGUAUGGUAAGCUACAACAUCAUACAGCUUGACAAAAAGAAUAGAAAUGGACCAAUUUUUUUAUCAUAGCAACACUUAACUGUUCUCAUUUAAAAGUGUCAAAAUCCGUCAAAAUAGUUGCCACAUGCAAACCGUUUUGCAUAGACGGAGGAGCCCCUAUUAUUUAUUUGCUUUUACAACCAGUCUGGCUCAGUCGGUAGUGACCCUGCCUGCUAAGCCGCGGUCCUGGGUUCGAAUCCCGGUAAGGGCAUUUAUUUGUGUGAUGAGCAUAGAUAUUUGUUCU